UGACUGUAAAUAUGAGACAAGAAGUAGGGGUCUGUGUUUGAGACAGAUUCAAACCGACAGCCAAGAUUCCGCGGGAGAAGAAGGAUCGAGUGGUCUGGACCUCCAUUGAUUUAGGAGAGCAGUCCCCUGUCACAAGAGCAACCAUGACCAAAAAGGAAGCAUACAACAUGUUUGAGAUGGACAACGACAUGGAUAAGAAGAAGAAAAAGAAGAUGAAGAAGAAAGAGAGACUAGAGGGCAUGAAGAAAGAAAUGGACAUAGAUGACCACGAGAUUACGAUUGAGGAGCUGGAAAUGAGAUACAACACCAGUGUUACGAAAGGUAUGACAACUACAUUUGCCCGUCAGAUUUUAGAGAGAGACGGCCCCAAUGAGCUGAAACCUCCAAAAGGUACACCAGAGUACGUAAAGUUUGCCAGGCAGUUGGCUGGAGGCCUGCAGUGUCUGAUGUGGGUCGCCGCCACCAUCUGUUUCAUUGCCUUUGGAAUUGAACUUGGGAGAGGGAACCUCACCAGUUUUGACAAUCUGUACCUGGCUAUAACCCUAAUUGCAGUUGUCGUGGUAACUGGCUGCUUUGGUUACUAUCAAGAGUUCAAGAGUACAAACAUCAUCGCCAGCUUCAAGAAUCUGGUGCCGCAACAAGCUAUGGUGAUCCGUGAUGGCCAGAAAAACCAGAUCAAUGCCAACCAGCUGGUGGUGGGAGAUUUGGUGGAGAUCAAAGGAGGAGACAGAGUCCCUGCUGACAUUCGUGUCAUAACCUCUCAGAGCUGUAAGGUGGACAACUCAUCUUUGACAGGAGAAUCAGAACCACAGACUAGGAGUCCUGAAUAUACUCACGAGAAUCCAUUGGAGACCAGGAACAUUGCGUUCUUCUCCACUACCUGUCUGGAAGGUGUAGCUACUGGUAUCAUCAUUAACACCGGUGAUCGCACCAUCAUCGGUCGGAUUGCUAGCUUGGCAAGUGGCGUUGGAAAUGAGAAGACACCUAUCGCCAUUGAAAUUGAACAUUUUGUGGACAUCAUUGCUGGUUUAGCAAUCUUUUUUGGGUUUACCUUCUUUGUGGUUGCCAUGUUUAUUGGCUACGCCUUCCUGGAAGCUAUGAUCUUCUUCAUGGCUAUCGUAGUGGCGUACGUGCCAGAAGGGCUGCUGGCUACAGUUACAGUGUGUUUGUCUCUAACUGCAAAGCGAUUGGCCAGGAAGAACUGUGUUGUCAAGAAUUUGGAGGCUGUGGAAACACUUGGCUCCACGUCAGUGAUCUGUUCUGAUAAGACGGGCACUCUGACCCAGAACAGAAUGACUGUAGCUCACCUCUGGUUUGACAACUAUAUUCAUGCUGCAGACACCACUGAAGAUCAGUCAGGCCAGAGUUUUGACCAGUCAUCAGAGACGUGGCGUUCGCUGGCACGAGUGGCUGCCCUGUGCAACAGAGCUGUUUUCAGGCCUGAUCAGGAAGGAGUACCAGUUCCUAAGAGACUGGUGGUGGGAGACGCGUCAGAGACUGCUCUGCUGAAGUUCACAGAGCUCACUGUUGGGAACAUUGUCGAAUAUCGCAAUCGCUUCAAGAAAGUGGUGGAGGUGCCUUUCAACUCCACCAACAAGUUCCAGCUAUCUGUCCACGAACUGGAGGAUCCUCUGGACCUCCGCUACCUGUUGGUGAUGAAGGGGGCGCCAGAACGCAUUCUGGAGCGCUGCACCACCAUCCUGAUCAAAGGCCAGGAGCUGCCUCUGGACGAGCAGUGGAAAGAAGCCUUCCAGACGGCAUACAUGGACCUGGGAGGACUUGGAGAGAGAGUGCUGGGUUUCUGUCAUCUCUAUCUGAAUGAGAAGGAGUUUCCUCAUGGUUACCACUUUGAUGCUGAUGAGAUGAAUUUCACCACAUCUGGACUGUGCUUUGCUGGUCUCAUCUCAAUGAUCGACCCCCCGAGAGCCACUGUGCCUGAUGCGGUGAUGAAGUGUCGUACCGCCGGUAUCAGGGUUGUCAUGGUGACUGGAGAUCAUCCGAUUACAGCCAGGGCGAUAGCAGCCAAUGUUGGUAUCAUCUCUGAAGGCAGUGAAACAGUGGAAGAUAUCGCCGUGAGGAAACGCAUCCCUGUUGAACAAGUCCACAAGAGAGACGCUCGUGCUUGUGUGAUCAAUGGUGGUCAGCUGAAAGAUAUGACAAGUGAGGAACUGGAUGAUGCGCUACAGAACCAUCCUGAGAUGGUUUUUGCAAGAACAUCCCCACAGCAGAAACUCAUCAUCGUGGAGAGCUGCCAGCGACUGGGCGCGAUAGUUGCAGUGACCGGUGAUGGUGUAAAUGACUCUCCGGCUCUUAAAAAGGCUGAUAUUGGAAUUGCCAUGGGGAUUGCUGGAUCAGAUGCUGCCAAAAAUGCAGCAGACAUGAUCCUAUUGGAUGACAACUUUGCUUCUAUUGUGACUGGAGUGGAACAAGGCCGACUUAUUUUUGACAACCUGAAGAAGUCGAUCGCUUACACCCUAACAAAGAACAUCCCCGAGCUGACGCCGUACCUGAUCUACAUCACUGUCAGCGUGCCGCUUCCUCUGGGCUGCAUCACCAUCCUCUUCAUCGAACUGGCCACUGACAUUUUCCCCUCAGUGUCUUUGGCUUAUGAGAAAGCAGAGAGUGACAUUAUGCACUUAAAGCCCAGGAACCCUCGGCGUGAUCGGCUGGUGAAUGAAGCGUUGGCUGUGUAUUCCUACUUUCAGAUUGGAGCCAUCCAGUCUUUUGCAGGCUUUACUGAUUAUUUCACCGCCAUGGCUCAGGAGGGCUGGUUUCCUCUUUUGUGCGUCGGUCUGCGUUCUCAGUGGGAGAACGUUGAGCUUCAAGACUUACAGGACAGCUACGGGCAGGAAUGGACCUUCAGUCAGAGGUUGUACCAGGAGUACACUUGCUACACUGUGUUUUUUGUCAGUAUAGAGAUCUGUCAGAUCUCAGAUGUGCUGAUCAGGAAAACUCGACGUCUCUCUGUGUUCCAGCAAGGCUUCUUCAGGAACCGUGUGCUCGUAACCGCCAUAAUCUUCCAGCUGUGCCUGGGUAAUCUACUGUGUUACUGCCCCGGAAUGCCCAAUAUCUUCAAUUUCAUGCCUAUCAGGGUCCAGUGGUGGUUUGUUCCUGUACCAUACGGUAUUUUAAUCUUUGUCUAUGAUGAAGUGAGAAAGCUUGGUGUCAGGAGGCAUCCAGGAAGUUGGUGGGAUCAGGAAUUAUACUACUGAGAACCAAGUCAACUCACGUGCAAAAAGCCGUUGAUCAUGUACGAAUUUCUGCAAACACUUAACUGAUUUCAUCAAUUCGUGAUCUAUGUGGAACACACACCCUGUCAUUUAUUAUCUGAACUGUAUCCAUUUCAAGAUGCUCCCUUGAAAAGCAAACUCUAAUAAUUGCUGGAUGUCACUGCAGAAUAAUUCAGGUUUGUUCUGGGUCGGUGAUUACACUGUAUUUGUACAAAUAAACAACUUUAAGACCAACAGCGGGAAC